AUGGCACCGAAAGGAAAUUCAUCGUCCGGGAAAAAAGGGUCAACCACAACAAAGCGGAAUAACGGUGGUUCAUCCAAACGAUCACGGUCAUCAUCGGCGGAUUCAAAUGGUAGUUCUCGUAGUCUGCGAAUUCAAAAAUUAAAACGAGCAGCCGCAAAGAUUGCAACUCAUGUAUUAGUGAAAGGCGACAAUGGCAAUUAUUAUACGUUGGAUCAAAAAUCUAGUCUGAACGAUGGAGAUAUGCGUCCGAUUGUUCUUCUUCAACCAAGAUUACCAUCAAUUCAUUCGUUUUGGGGUACGAAAGCAUCGGAACCGGUAUCGAAGAUGGAAAUAAAAAUCAACGGUUCACAAGCUGCAGAUGAACAUUUACCGAAUAUUGGUGAUUUGAUGAACGCUAAUAUGAGUAGUGAUGAACGAAUAAAACAAGGGAGAAAAGUGUUAUCAGCCAUAGUCAAUCGUCAGUCUGACUCGAAAAAACCAGCAUCAACCACGCCGUUGUCGUCUAGCAGAAAAUCGUUGCCAUCUACAAAUACAGAUUUAUUACCACGUACUCCACCAGCAUCAAAUAAAGCAACGUCGUCUUUAUCAAGUGUAAAAUUACCGUCUCCUCACACAGAUCGUCAAGUAACAAUAGGUAAAAAUGAAAAAUUGCCAACAAAAUCAACAAUAACUAUCGGUGAUGACCAACAAAGUGAUGACGAUGAAUAUCAGGAAGAAGACCAAAAGGUGUUGAAUGCAGAAAAGUCAUUUUCAGUGGUUAAAAAAUAUAAUCGACUAUUGGCUGAAUAUAACACUCUACGACAGUCGUACAAUAGACUGUCAGAAAUGUUUUCUGACUUAAAACAGUCGACAAUUAAAAAACCACCAAUUGAAGUGCAACAAUGGAUAAUAAAUAUGGGCAAACUAUGGUCUCAUCCACCGAUUGUUACAUCGGCUUCACUUGUACCAAUAGCACGUAAACUUGGUUUUGCUGAAGGAAAACAAAAGGAUUUGUUAAAAUUGAAAGGUGUAUCAAUCGCUGAUUCGGCCAGAAAAAUUUUACGAAGUUUAUACCCACGUGAUGCACUUGCUGAUAUGAAUGCAAAAAAAUUGCCUUCACAUUAUCGUCAAGCGGUUCAUGAAUUUAUCAGACUGAUGCAUCCAGACGAAUAUCAACCACCGGGAACAGUGAACGAAUAUAUCAACAAUUUAUUUCGCACAGAAAAGCGAGACAAAUCAAAGAGCAUUCAACGGAAUCAGCGAUUAUGUACACAAUCGUCGUCAACUACUUCAUCUGCCGAUUUAAAUACACGGACGAAUUUGUCAACACCACCAGCACCACAUGAUGAGACAUCGAAUCCAGAGAAAGAAAAUAAUACUGAACAUCAAACAGUAGAUGGGCAAAACCCUGAGAAUUUCCCAAAAAACGAUGAUCAAGACGAGACUGAUGAUGAUGACAAAAGUGACGAAGAAAGUUUCGCCCUCCAAAUAGCCUAA